AUGGCUGGUGAGAAGGCAGUAUCAACGGCUUCCAAGCCCCAAAUGCGUGGUCUCCUCAACUCAGCUAUCAAGCGCAACUUGAUCCUCUCUCUAACUUGCGCUGCCGUUUCAGGCUUUGCCUUCAAACAGCUGGUCGGUAAUGAACGCAAGAGGAAGUAUGCCGAGUUCUACAGGACCUACGAUGCUGAGAAGGAGUUUGAGGAGAUGCGUGCGAAGGGACUGUUCCAAUCAUGCUAA